AUGGCGCCCAGCACCACCACUAAGACCGUGGAGGAGUCUCCCAAGGAGAAGCUCAGCGGCACCAACAGCACCGCUGUUACCAACGACACCCCCGAUAACACCACAACCACCACCACUGCUGCUGCUGCUGCUGCUGCUCCAGCUUCUGCCGAUACCUCCAAGAGCAGCAGCAGCGGUGCCUCUGCUGCUCCUGCCACCACGACCGCCACCAGCACCGCCGCUACCAACCCCCCAACUACGCUGGCAGAAAUGUCUGAGACCAUCGACCAAAACACAUUUGAGCAGAUUCUUGAGAUGGAUGACGAAGGCGAUAAUGACUUUAGUAAAGGCAUCGUGUUUGGAUUCUUUGAUCAAGCAGAGAACACGUUCGAUAAGAUGGAGAAGCACCUAGCGGACAAGGACUUGGCCGAGCUUUCGUCUCUGGGUCACUAUCUGAAAGGUUCCUCAGCCACUCUGGGACUGAUUAAGGUCAAGGACGCAUGUGAGAAGAUCCAACACUACGGAGCCGGCAAGGACGAGACUGGCACCAACGAUGAGCCCGAUCAGGAGGUUUCGCUUGAGAAUAUCCGCAAGACCCUGACCCAAGUCAAGAAGGAUUACAAGGAAGUCGAGGAUUUCUUGCGCAGAUACUAUGGAGAAAGCCCCUAA